UCUCCUGGGACUGCAGGGAUUAUUUACAGGGAGCUCGCCAACCAAACACAACAGUCUAAUUUAACCUUUCCAAAUCCUCGUAAAUUUUUACAGCUGGGAGCCACGACGAGGUAAACGAAUCUGUUGGUCGUUCCCAACUUCCCACCAGCCUGUGUGGCUUCUGAAACAAUAACUCCUUAUGAAAUAUCAUAAAUAUAGAUUUAAAUACAGUAGAGCGAGAAUGCGAUUUGGCUGAUUUUUUAUAGCUUCAAUUAUUGUCUAAUUUUAUGUGAGGGGCUACGCUGGCCGCACUCACACGCGGGACCUGCGCCUUGCUGAUGGCGUGAUUAAUUGUGAUAUAAAAUAGUCCGUUUAAGAAGUGUGUGUCUGGUGGUAGCGGUGGGAGGGGAGCAAGUCCAGAGGCAAGGCCAGAUUUGAUCUUUUAAUCUUCGUUGGCCACAAUUAAAACAAACCCGAUCGUGGAGCGCCGCGAUCCCUUUGCAUAAAAACAUAUGGCUUUUGCUAUAAAAAUUAUGACUGCAAAACACCGGGCCAUUAAUAGCGUGCGGAGUGAUUUACGCGUUAUUGUUCUGCCAGGCGGACACGUGACGCAAGCGGCCAAUAGGGGCGCGAGCGCAGGCAACUUAUUAGGUGACUGUACUUCCCCCCCUGGUGCCACCAAGUUGUUACAUGAAAUCUGCAGUUUCAUAAUUUCCGCGGGUCGGGCCGGUCGGCCGGGCGCGGGACACUGCGAUGGCCACCACCGGGGCCCUGGGCAACUACUACGUGGACUCGUUCCUGCUGGGCGCCGACGCCGCGGACGAGCUGGGGGCGGGCCGCUACGCUCCGGGGGCCCUGGGUCAGCCCCCCAGGCAGGCAGCGGCGCUAGCUGAGCACCCCGACUUCAGCCCAUGCAGUUUCCAGUCCAAGGCGGCGGUGUUCGGCGCCUCGUGGAACCCGGUGCACGCGGCAAGCGCCAACGCGGUGCCCGCGGCGGUGUAUCACCACCAUCACCACCACCCCUAUGUGCACCCCCAGGCGCCCGUGGCGGCGGCGGCGCCAGACGGCAGGUACAUGCGCUCCUGGCUGGAGCCCACGCCCGGCGCGCUCUCCUUCGCGGGCUUGCCCUCCAGCCGGCCUUACGGCAUUAAACCUGAACCGCUGUCGGCCAGAAGGGGUGACUGUCCCACGCUUGACACUCACACUUUGUCCCUGACUGACUAUGCUUGUGGUUCUCCUCCAGUUGAUAGAGAAAAACAGCCCAGCGAAGGCGCCUUCCCCGAAAACAAUGCUGAGAAUGAGAGCAGCGGAGACAAGCCCCCCAUCGAUCCCAGCAACCCGGCUGCCAACUGGCUCCACGCGCGCUCCACACGGAAGAAGCGCUGCCCCUAUACUAAACACCAAACGCUGGAACUGGAGAAAGAGUUUCUAUUCAACAUGUACCUCACCAGGGACCGCAGGUACGAGGUAGCCCGACUGCUCAACCUCACCGAAAGGCAGGUCAAGAUCUGGUUCCAGAACCGCAGGAUGAAAAUGAAGAAAAUCAACAAAGAUCGAGCAAAAGACGAGUGAUGCCACUGGAGUUCAUUUAGAAAACAGAGACGGAGCUAGAGAGAAAGAGAAAGGACUGCCCGUCCCCUUCUCCCACCCCCAUUCCGAAACCCAAGCUUCCAGCACCCCGCACAAAGCGGCUCUAACCCAGGCCUCAUCCCCCCUGGCAAACCCUUCUCAGGCGGGCUACUUGGCCUGCCGCUUUGAUGGAGGAGGUAUUGUAAGCUUUCCAUUUUCUGUAAGACAAAAAAGAAGAUGAAGAAGAAGAAAAGGGGGCAUUAGGGCUGAUGGCUGUGUGUGCUAGCUUGUAUAUAUUUUAUAAAAUCUACCUGUUCCUGACUUAAAACAAACAAACAAAAAAAACUACCUUUUUAUAAUGCACAACUGUUGACUGCGGGCUGUAUAGAUUUUAGUCUGUGUAGUUAAUUUAAUUUUCUUUAUGUGGGGCAGAGCUAUCUGCCCAGAUACUUGAACACUGUGUUUUAUUGUGGUAAUUAUGUUUUGUGACUCAAACUUCUGUGCUGGGUGAAGCACCCGUUGUGAUUGUGAAAGCUAGAAUUCAAUUUGAACUCAGGUUGUUUAUGAGGGGGAAAACAGUUGCAUAGAGUAUAGCUCUGUAGUGGAAUAUGUCUUCUGUAUAACUAGGCUGUUAACUUUUGAUUGUAAAUUAGCUGUAAGGGUUUCCCAGUGAAAUAUUUUUUUUUUAAAGAAAGGGUUCUCCGGAUGUGUAGAUUCAUGGUUUUCUUCACUUUUGAGAAUCGGGCAUUUUAGGUUAUACAUGCUCUACUGACCUGUCUUGUCCAUUGUAUAUGUAAACCACAUAUUAAAGAAAAAACAAUCAGACCAGCUGGAAUAUUGUUUUUGCACCAAACAGUGAGGAUGUUCGGAGCUAUACAUAUGUGCAGAAGGUUACUACCUAUGGUUUACGUUUAAUUUUAACUGGGGGGGGGAAUGAAUGCUUAUUGUAAUGGAGUUAAUUUUAUUGAUAAUAAAUUAUACACUAUGAAACCGCCAUUGGGCUACUGUAGAUUUGUAUUCUUGAUGAAUCUGGGGUUUCCAUUGGGCUAAACAUACACUGUAUAUUUUGCAAUAGUUACCUCAAGGCCUACUGACCAAAUUGUUGUGUUGAGAUGAUAUUUAACUUUUUGCCAAAUAAAGUAUAUUGAUUCUUUUCUA